UGACUGGGACACCCCCAAAAGGAAAAAGAAGUUGAACCUGGAUUUCAGAAAAGAAUGGUCCUCUCAAGAUUCAGUCUCUUCAGAAUCGACCGACUCAGGUGUUGGCCCCGACUCCCCUAUGGAGCCAGAUGUGGAGAUGUUUCCCGAGGACAU